AUCAUGUCCGUGAAUGGAAAGAAAGUCCUUCACAUGGAUCGUAACUCUUACUACGGAGGGGAAAGCGCAUCCAUUACACCCCUGGAGGACCUCUACAAAAGGUUUAAUCUACCAGGAACUCCACCAGAAUCGAUGGGGCGAGGAAGAGACUGGAACGUGGACCUAAUUCCCAAAUUCCUUAUGGCGAACGGUCAGCUGGUAAAGAUGCUGCUCUACACAGAAGUCACUCGCUACUUAGACUUCAAGGUGAUCGAGGGGAGCUUCGUCUACAAGGGAGGAAAGAUCUACAAAGUUCCCUCCACUGAGGCAGAAGCCUUGGCAUCCAGCUUAAUGGGCUUGUUCGAGAAACGCCGCUUCAGGAAAUUCCUAGUGUACGUCGCCAACUUCGACGAGAACGACCCCCGAACUUUCGAAGGCGUCGACCCCAAGAAGACCACCAUGCGCGACGUGUAUAAGAAGUUUGACCUGGGCCAAGACGUUAUAGACUUCACGGGCCACGCCCUGGCGCUCUACAGGACUGACGACUAUCUAGAUCAACCCUGCCAGGAAACAAUCAACAGGAUUAAGCUCUACAGCGAGUCGCUGGCUAGAUACGGCAAAAGCCCCUACCUUUAUCCCCUCUACGGCCUUGGAGAGCUGCCGCAGGGAUUUGCAAGGCUAAGUGCUAUAUAUGGAGGCACCUACAUGCUGAACAAGCCCAUCGAAGAGAUCGUGAUAGAAAAUGGCAAAGUGGUUGGUGUGAAGUCUGAAGGGGAG